CGCGAAUAUCCAAGUGAGUGGAGGUGGACUUGAGAAUUUUAGCAGGAAUCUCCUAAGUGAUCGCAUAAAUCGUGCAUUUCUUGUGGUGUUUGCAUUUCGACUUUGGAGGAAAAAAAAGGAUUUUUUUUUACUUCUUUUCAUCUUUACGCGUGGCGAAGAAGGCCCGAUGAAAGAUGAAGAACAUGGCAGCAAUUUGCCUCUCCGCUCUGCUACUCAUCUUUUUGCUGGACGGACUCCACGGCCUGUCUGUGGAUCCCGUUGCAUCAUCCGAUUUGGAGCAGUACAUUAAAGAUGACUUUGUUAUCUCCAUUCGACACAUUAGACCACGCCGAAAGCUACAAAUUCCACUGGAGGCCCUCUUCCUCAUCGACUUUCCCGCCACCAAGCACAAGUUCAGCUUCUUCCUCGAUCGGAAGAACAAGCGCGUCACAGUGGACAUCACGUCCGGCCUGAGGUUCUACUCAAAGCACUUCGUCGUGCCGUCGCUUAACGAGACAACGACCGUGAGGUCCCUGGCCCUGCUCUUCCACAAGUCCAACGCCACCCUCCACAUGGACUGCAAGAAGCAGACUGAGCAAGACCUCGAAGUCAACAUAUCCGAACUCUACUCAGCCUCCGAGGAACCCAUCAUCAAGCUAUUCAGGGAACGAAAAUAUCCUCUUCACUUUGACGGGAAUGUGGAGAGUGCCCUGUUCAGAGCCAAUUGCCAGAAGGCUGCUCAUCGUCGUGAAAACCGCCGCUAUCUAAACCUCAAGGAUGGGCGGGAGAAGCGCCAGAGGAAUAGGCAUGGCAAUCAGCAGAAGUACAUGCGAUUUGAAGCUGACAAUCUCAUCAACGAUCAAGCCAUGUCUCCGCUGGACAAGAACAAGAAGCGCGACAUUCGCGACUGGGACGAUCGGUAUCGGAAUCUGCCCACUGAGAGCAGUACAAAUGUGCACAGGAGAGGAGACAUCCCUGUGCUCCAUGGCGAUUGCGAUGAUGCCAUGACGAAGGCUCUGUCGGAGUUGUUGGCUCUGGUGAAGCAGCUGAGAGACGAAGUCGGGCAGCAGCGCAAUGAGAUCGCCUAUUUGAGACAAUUGAUAGAGAACUGCGCUGGAUGUCAGCAUCGCCCGGAACCCCUCAAGGAGACGUGUGAAUUAAAUAAUCCAUGCUUCCCCGGUGUUCAUUGUUACGAUUCGACGUCAGGAAUUCGGUGCGGGCACUGUCCCAGAGGCUACAUUGGAGACGGCAAGCACUGCAAGCCGGGCUUAACGUGUGCCGAUAAGCCAUGCUUCAGCGACGUUCAGUGCUACGACACAGUCGAGGGCGCCCAGUGCGGCUCCUGCCCCGCCGGCUACGAAGGCGACGGACGCUCCUGCACUCGCCAAGACGCCUGCACAGAUCAGUCUUGUGCCCCAGGCGUCAGAUGUUAUUCUUCCGACGUGAGACCCUACUUUAGAUGCGGACCCUGUCCCCAUGGAACCUCUGGGAAUGGAACCUACUGCUUCGACAUUGAUGAAUGCGACUUGAGACAACCUUGUGACUCACGAGUUCGGUGUGUCAAUCUCUUGCCGGGCUUUGCCUGUGAUCCUUGUCCACCUGGUUUCCACGGUCACCACGCCCAAGGAGUCCGUAUCACUCAAUGGGAGCACUCCUUCCGCCGACAAACCUGCCACGACAUCGAUGAGUGUGCAACAGGAACGGCCCAGUGUGCCCCUAAUUCCCACUGUAUCAACACCGAAGGAUCCUACAGAUGUCAGUGCUCCCGGGGCUUCCACCUCAACUCCACCUAUGGAUGUAUUCCCCUUCCCGGAGUCUGUCCGGAUGGCACAGUUUGUGACCGAAACGCCGUUUGUCGAGCAAUCACUGAGUUCUCGUUCACCUGCAAAUGCCGUGUGGGAUGGGCAGGAGACGGCUUCCAAUGCGCCCCUGACAAAGACUUGGAUGGAUGGCCGGACUACAACUUGAACUGUACAAGUUCCCGGUGUCACAUGGAUAACUGCAUCUUCGUGCCGAACUCAGGCCAGGAAGACGCGGAUAAUGAUGGAAUAGGAGAUGUUUGUGAUCCUGACGCGGACAAUGAUGGCAUUUUGAAUAAUCCAGAUAAUUGUCCGCUGGUCUCCAAUCCCGAUCAACGCGAUACUGAGUACGGAGGAGGAGAUAAACAGGGAGAUGCUUGCGAUAAUUGUCCCACAAUAAGGAAUCCCGAUCAGCUGGAUACAGAUAAUGAUGGCCUAGGUAAUGCCUGCGAUGAUGACAUCGACAACGAUGGAUUGCUUAAUAGUCACGAUAACUGUCCGAUGAUCGCUAAUGAGCGUCAGCUAGAUUCUGACGGAGACGGAUUUGGCGACGUGUGUGACAACUGCCCAUUCAUCCCCAAUCCUAGCCAGUCGGACAUUGACAAUGACCUGAUAGGAGACGCUUGUGAUAGCGACAUAGAUCGGGAUCGUGAUGGUAUUCAAGACUCUCAAGACAACUGUCCCAAGAUCGCAAAUUCAGAUCAACUGGACACGGAUGGCGAUGGAAGGGGAGAUAUGUGCGACAAUGACAUUGAUAACGACGGGAUUCUGAACGAGAAGGACAACUGUCCGUUAGUCUACAAUCCUGAUCAAACAGACAACAACCAUGACGGAGUUGGAGAUAUUUGUGAAGAUGACUACGAUUUGGACACAGUUCCUAACUACUUGGACAACUGCCCUAACAACUCCAAGAUCUACUCAACUGACUUUAGAACCUAUCAGACCGUCGUCUUGGAUCCAGAAGGUGACUCCCAAAUCGAUCCCAACUGGAUGAUUUAUAACAAAGGCGCCGAGAUUGUUCAGACACAGAACAGCGAUCCUGGCCUAGCAGUUGGCUACGAUUCUUUUGGCGGAGUAGACUUCGAAGGCACCUUCUUUGUGGACACAGAGAUUGACGAUGACUACGUGGGCUUUAUCUUCAGCUACCAGAGCAACCACAAAUUCUACACCGUGAUGUGGAAAAAGAACAUUCAGACUUACUGGCAAGCGACGCCCUUCAGAGCCUCUGCAGAGCCAGGAAUUCAAUUGAAACUGGUGGACAGUGUCUCUGGACCUGGACAGAUGCUGAGGAAUAGUUUGUGGCACACCGGAGAUACGAAAGAUCAAGUGAGACUCCUCUGGAAGGAUCCCAGAAAUGUGGGCUGGAAGGAGAGAACGGCCUAUCGAUGGCUUUUGCUCCAUCGUCCAAAGAUCGGUCUGAUUCGUCUCAGGAUCUUUGAGGGGGAGGAAAUGGUGGCGGAUUCAGGAAAUGUCUUCGAUUCUACACUCAAAGGCGGACGCUUGGGUGUGUUCUGUUUCUCCCAAGAGAUGAUCAUCUGGUCAGAUCUCGUAUACAGAUGCAAUGACAACAUCCCAGAGCCCAUCUAUAAUGAACUUCCGGUGAGAUUGAGACAGGAAGUGAAUGUGGACUACAGAAAUUAGCACUUUCAGCACUACAGGAAACAUGCAGGACGCUUGAAAAGCACAUCCCAAGACAGAGUAUUUUCAGUUUUUGCCUUAAUCAAUCUUUCUCGAUAUAUCUUUUGCCAUCUCUGUCUUGAGAGUUCAAUUGAAAGCCAAACUAAACAUUGUUGCGAAUAUUUUCCUAAUAAAUUACGAAAA